AUGGGCUUGUUCCUGCUGCCUGUGGAAUUGCUUGAGGUCAUUCUUGUACAUCUCCCCGUUCGUGACAUCUUAAUAUGCAAGCUGGUAUGCUCUGCUCUCGCGCAGGUUGUAAGAGGAAGCUCGUGGAUCCAGUAUAAGCUUGAUUUGUUUGCCAUUGGGGCAAUUGAUGGGCCCGAAUGCAAGCUGCCUAUUGCCGAAAAGUCACGCAGGUUGAAAGAGCUGCAAAAUGCAUGGCGCAACCCGCGCUUCACAUCCACCUACAUAAUCGACUGCGACCCUUACAUGCACGCAGUGCUCGGAGACACAGUCGUCCAAUGGACUCCGACAGAUGACAUGCACUUCAUACGCAUACCUUCCAACAUCAGGCUCGUGCAUGAUGACUGUUGGUCCAUCAAUGGCCCCGAGCUGGGAUUCCAGAUCUACGUCCCCUACGGGGACCCAUCCCAGGAUUUGUUAGCCAUUGUGGAGCUGACCGAGGAAGAUGAAGAGUCCUACCUGGGACGCAUACGCCUGCUUUCGAUGUUGUCGCACAAACCUCACCCCUUGGCAGCUGAACCCAUCCUAGAAGCCGAUACAUCCGCUGACGACGAGGCGGCUGCAUCCUCUUUGUGCAUCUCGUCAGACUUCAUCCUAUGGCAAGUUAUCCAGGCUCAAUUUAACGGGCGAAGCUCGCGCUUCCGCAUUUGGAAUUGGAAGACGGGCACACUGCUUUGGGACUUACAAGCACAUAACGGCCGAGUACCCAUACCAACCUCAUUUGCCUUCCUGGACGAUCAACACAUAUUGUUCUCCACUAUCCAACGUGAAUUGCCCAGGAUCACGGACGGUCGCCGCGUCUGUGAGGUGUGGGUCGCUCUGCAGAACGGGCUGUCCCCAGUACCACGAACGGUGCCGACUGCCCCCUUCGGGAUCACACCUGAAGACAUGUUGUUCGGAAUCGUCAUGGGUGUUCGCGGUAUCGGGCUGCAGCACAUGGAAACGAUGUCGAUGUACAACCUCUUCGUUCCCGUGUCUGUGUUGCGCUCGUGUUUGCACCGGACGCAGGGCGGCUCGGGUCGAAGGGUCUGGCCCUGGAAAGAGUGGGGCCCCACGCGAACAAGGAUGCUCCCGCCGACGCAGCACUUGCAUGGCGUCUGCGGCUCCAUCCUGGGGUGGAGAGCCAUCAUCGAGCAAGCCAGCACGGGGAGAGACUUGUGCUACAAUGUGUACGAUUUUAAUCCGUAUACUCUGCCGCGAGAUUUAGAGCUCGCCGAGGAACCGGCUACGCACAGUGGUGGCGGGCGCGGGUCCCAUGUGGUCAACGAGACAUCGCACAUCAGGACGCCCAAUGACUUCCGAGAAGUUGUCAGCACAUCGUUGCCGUACCGCGUAACUCAGGUGCAUGUAUCGGUAACGAGCCGCCCAGGCGAGCACAUACAUACGGAGGCAUUCUUGUGGGAAGAUGGUAUAGCAGUCGUGGACCGAACCGAGGAAACAUGCCAAUAUCGGUUUCUCACCUUUUAGCACUUGCUCUCCGUUAUACUGCAACGCCUCAAAUAAACAGACAGCUUUUGCCUUCACUCUGCUCCACUUCCCGGGUCUUACGAGUCCGUGCCAACUGAUUUCG